UUCCCGCAACUCCUCAGUGUUUGAGGACGCCGAGGCGGUGGAUUCUUCACUCGGUGAAAAUGCCUAAAAGAGCGUAUCCUUUCCCCGAAACCUUCUCGUCGCAGUAUAAAAUACACGUGGGAGAGCAGGAGCUGCACCAAAGCAGCGUGUUUGGGAGCAGGUACAGGAAGGAAAUCUACGAGAAGACGAAGAAUCUACUCUUCAAUGGAGCCAAGGCGAUGGUGGGUAAAAUCUGGGCCGGAGAGGAGGCCGCUCCGCUUCCAACCGGAGCUGGACACACGCUCUUGAGAGGACAAACAAUUAUUGGAAACGAUGGCAAGUUGGCCAGAACAAGCGGCGUCCAAGUUUUGAAUGAAAAGGAUUUUCACCACGAUUCAGCUCCACCUGCUGCUGCGUCCUGCUGCGUGUGUCAGAAGAGCCAGUCCCUGCGCUCCCUCUGCUCCCAGUGCGACCGGCGGGUCUGUGCCUCCUGCACCCGCCUGUGCUCCAACUGUUCCAGUCCCUGCUGCUCCGUCUGCACCGUUAUAGACUACAGCGGACCGUACGACGAAGUCCUCUGCUGCGGCUGCUCAACAUGACGACGGAGACACCUGAAGAUGCUACUUGAAAUACACACGUUUUUAUUAUUUUACAUGUUUACCUCUGUAUAUAAUGAUGUCAAAUGAAUUAAACUUGAAUAUUCCCACCAUGUUUUCAUUUUCAUGUACAGCGGUACCUCAGUUUUCGAACAUUCCGGAAUUAGAACAGAUUUUUUUUUUUUGCUUUGGAUUUCGAACGAAAAUCCAGAACUCGAACGCCCCCCCCCCCCGAAAAAAACAAAAACGUGCGGACCGAUCAGCUGACCCACGAGGCGCUUUGUUAUUGUGUAUAACGCAGCCUCUGUAUGCAGAUGUGUCCCCUGUUUUUUCUUCAUAUUGAGGUGUAAAACCUUUCCUGUCUCUGCACUGGACCGUGGUAGAGUGUCACAGGGGAGGUGCUGGAGCGCUCACUCCAGGGUUUGAUGUCCUGUUGUGGGCUGGAGCUGGGACAGGGAUGAGGCCAGUCUGGGACAGAGCGUGACUUGGUUUAUGACUUUGUCACAGCCAAACUGCACAGAAGCGCACAUUCAGAGCUGGACACGCACCGGGCACCUCUUCACUUCUGGAGAGACGUCACUCACUCGGCAACCCCUCCCACAUGCAGCGGCCACACACAUAGAGGAACAGCCACCUGCAGCAGACACUCUACAUUCACUCCUACAAAAGACUAUUUUAAGGCUUGGAACGCAUUUCUUUUUUUUUCCAUUCAUUGUAGUGGGAAAAAUCGAUUCAUAUUUCGAACAAUUCGCUUCUCGAACGGCCCCUGGAACGGAUUGUGGUCGAGAACCGAGGUACCACUGUUGUUUAGUUUAUGAAUCUUUGCCUGUAGGAUUGUUCCAAAUAUCUGGGAUAAUAUUUUUGGCCAUAUUUUUUUUUGUUCUACUACAAAUGACAUUUUAAGCAUUAAAUCAUAAUUUAGAGUUGUCUUCUUUGGUCAUUACCUAAUGAUGACUGUAUUGCAACUUUCAGUAUGGCAAGAGAAAACUGUCUCACAGUGUGGGAAUUGACAGGUUGCUGUAACCACAGAAAGCUUUAACUUAUGGGGCUUUAGAUAUGAACUGAUGUUAUUGUAAUAAACCAAAGCAAGAAUUCCAAGUCAUUGUCGUAAACCUACUG